AAACGCUUGCCUCCCCGCACGCCCAUUUUGUAUUGACAUUGCUCCCAAAACGCUUCUCCAAUCGACUCCUGUGCCUGCCCGAGAGAGCAUCCGCCUGUGACGAGGGCGCGAAGGUGUCAUUCCACUGCCCAUCGCCUCUUUUAGAGACGACCGACACGACACCCGCGCGAGUGUGAAUUUCGUUCCUUACUUCUUUAAUAAUUUUCUUCACUUCUGGUGGACUGUCGACUGUGUCAUUCCUGCUGCGUCACUGGCGGCGAAAGAAUCACUCCAGGCAGUCAGUUGAGUUCUAAGACGGCCAUAAUCUUGCGGCGUCUCGCGAGCCCGAAACCUACUCCGAACCUUUUCCUCCCACAAUCCCCCAUGGAUUCAUAAUCGAAGCUGCAAACAUGGAUUCGGAAGACGGGGAGUUGUUCAUUAAGCAACUGGCGACUUUCGUGCGCACGCACGAGAAGGCUCUCGCCAACGCCUUGCAGUUUAGGCGCCAGAACCUCCCAAGGCAUGGCUCGUCCCAAAGCGUCUCGUCGAUCUCGACGAGCAACAUAGUCACUUCCCCGACCAUCCCAGAACGACCAGCCACAUCUUCCUCCACCUCCGGCACCCUCGCUGCUGCGCUCUCGCUCGGAUCUCUCAACUUCACCUCGGCCUCUAUCAAAUCGGCAAAGCUCGCACUGACACCGCACCACCUCUUCUAUCUGCUUUCCCGCUUCGAAGAGCUGGCCAUCCCCGUCGGCCCCAUGAAGAUUCGGCUAGAAAACCUACACGACAGCACCACAUCAGCCAACUACGUCUCGUUCCUCAGCCAGACGCAGCGCGCCAAGAGCCGUAGCUCUGAUGUCGGCUCCAUCCGCUCCGUUUCUAGCAUUAGGAGUGUCAUGUCCGGCAUGUCUGCCUUGUGGGCCAGCUUCGGCAUCGGCUCCGGCGUCUCUGCUGCUCGCACCGAGAGGCAAAAGGCUGCACUCCAGGCUGAUAUGAAGUAUCUGUACUCUGCCUUCACCAAGAUCCCUUGCCUUAAGUUGGCACCGGACUGGCGGGCACGCCUCAUCAAAGGCUACGAAGAGUUUCCUUUCGAUUCCGCCGUGCCCCUGUACGUGUUUAAGAACGUGCAAGCACUCGAGGUCUGCGACAUCGACUUCCGUCAGUUCUUUGGCUGGGAUCGGCUUGCAGACCAGCUGAGGUCACUGACGCUGAAGCGGGCGGGAAUCGAGGACCCGGCCGACAUCCUGAUUGACAUCGUCCUAGACGAUAUGGACAAGCGUCGGAGACGGACAUCAAAGUCUCAGGGCUCCCCAACCAACGCUUGGGGCGGGGGCUCCACCAGUCCCCGACGGAGUCCAACUGUCAACCAGGCCGAGCUUCGGAAGUCUUCUUCUGAGCCCGGUUCUCCCCAGCCGAGGCACUCGACGGGUGACCUGCACAUUGGAUCCCUCAAUAGUGACAUUAGCGUGAAUGGAGAUACCAUGAGGCCACGCCUUGACAGGGAGGACAGCAACGAGCUUUCAACGUCGCCUUCCAAGUCUGGACGUCCAAGGAGCCACUCGCCGCGCCGCCCCUCUAGCUCAAGGAAUGGACCAUCCCAUACACGAAGCUCUUACAAGGUCCGGCGGUCCGGGUCAGGAAGCUCUCAUUCGAGCCUUUCGGACUCGUGGCACAACCACCGUGGCGGAAGCGCUUCGAACCUGCUCUCCAUGGGCAUUCUUCCAGCCUCGAAGUGGCGCUUCCUCAAGCACCUCAGCUUGGCCGAUAACUCGCUCACAUCAAUCCCCGCAACCAGCUUGGCGCCUUUGUCAAACACACUGCACUCCCUCGACCUCUCCUCAAACCUCUUCACCCAGAUUCCCGACAGCCUGGCCAGCCUGACUGCCCUGCGGGCACUCAACCUUUCCCACUGCAUGAUCGAGUCACUCCACUCGCUGACCCGAAACCCCCUGCCGGCCAUCACUGCUCUAAACCUGCGUGCAAACAGGCUUCAGUCUCUCGCAGCCGUAGAAAAGCUUUAUCCGCUAGAGAGGCUGGACCUGAGGGAUAACCGCUUGACGGACCCAAUGGAGCUGGCCCGGUUGACGGGCAUUCCCGACAUUCGGGAAGUUUACGUCGAGGGAAAUCCGUUUACACGGACCCAUCGCGAUUAUCGCAUUACCAUCUUCAACCUCUUCCGCAUGACACCUGGGUACACCGACGAUGUCACCAUCGACGGCACGGGCCCGACGUACUCUGAAAAGAAGUACCUCGUGGAGCGUGUGCCCGUUCCUCCCGCGGUUCCGGUCGUCAAGCCCCCUGCCUCCGACAUCCCCGCUGUCGACGUGGUCAAGCCGGCAAUCAUCUAUGACGCCCCCAAGGAGCCCAGUGUUUUGCGCAAGGAGCGCCCGGCCUCCAAGGCCACCGCAAGCGAAGUGAGCUCCAGCUCAAGUCGCCGCCGCAGAGCAUCCAAGCGUCGGAUCGUCGACCUGGCGACCAACGAGGUCAAUCCCAUUCCCGUCGGUCAGCCUCAUGCUGUCCCGGUUUCCGAGGCCAUCCCUGGAGCUGCGUCCCGAGGUGGCGGUGGUGAUAACUACCGUACAUCACAUACCACUGAAGUGCAGCGGCAAAAGUCUGCCACUCCGGCUUCUAUAAGGAGCUCGACCAAGGGCGCCCUGCAAGGGGGCAGUCCGAAUCUACCUGAAGUUCCGCGAAUCGACACCGAUAUUCUUAGCACAGGCAUUUUGCCGCAUGCUUCACAAAGAUACAUACCUACCGAGGUCCAUAAUUCACGCAGGGACUGCCAUGGUCAGGACUGGGACGUCGGCGGCGAGCUAUACCGACGCAAAAUCGAAGCCUUGCGAGACAAAGUGGGGCAAGGGUACCUGAGUGUGCUCAGCGAAGAGAGCUGGGAUACAUCACGACACACUCCGCCCUCGCACUACCACCCUUCUCACUAUGGCGUUCCUAGUCCCUCUGUCCACUCAGACCCCACGACACCAAGACCCACGACUAUUCAAGCCAUCCAUAGUGGCCAUACCCUGGGUUAACGCCAUCUAUGUUAUCGGCACCCCCCCUAUUGGUGUCUCGCUGGCCAACUUGGGCUUUGGAGAUGUGCAAAUCUCCAAGUCGACCUCAUUUUCAGCGCACAUAUCAUACCCCCAAUAUUCUGUGAUUCCAAUCUCGGGUUUUCCAUCCUAUUCUGAUGUUUACAUGGUAUUUUUGUUGUUUCUUUGGUCACUUAUAUGACGGAGCAUAGCGUACUGGCGUUUUGAACAGAACGGCGUUUUUGUUUUCUCUCCUCAUUAUCCCUUGGGCUUUGCCUUCCCAUAUCUUCUUCUCUUCCCCUCCUCGCUGCUUGUGCCUGGUGUUGCUGGGGCGGUGGCAUUUAUGAGAUCGGCGGACAGGAUUCCGGCUAGAAAGCGCACCUUUUGUUUUCUCGACGAUACCUCCCCACGAUACCUCGCCAGAUACCCAUGCUUGGCAACAUCCGUUUUUGUUUUUUGUUUGGUUUUAAGCCCCAAUACCGCUUAGGACAUGCCGUUGUGGCCGGCUGGUUGGCUCUUCUGCACGUGCGAAUAAACGAAGCUUUGUGGUUGGUUCUUGUUACAUCAUGCUGCCUGCGGUUUGACCCUCCCAAAUUACCUAUUUGUUUGCCUUUGUAUCCGUGUCUUCAUUGCUUGGAUUCGCGCAUGCAUUUAGCUCGAGAGUGUUCCGUUGUUAUUUGGUCUGGCCCCUAUUCCAUUCGAUAUCGUUGAUUUCGUUGCAUGCCAUCAUCUUCAAGUGAGCCUCGGUUGUUUCUCCCCAUUGCAAUCCUUACUUUUAUUGCCCAUUCUAUCUGCAUCAUUAUCUGCCCUGUUGCUUCUGUUCCCGCUAGACGCAUAGCUUUGUGGGUGUGAAUAACCCAGCUAAAAAGGGCAAAAUGGACACAGCAAUGAUAGUGCAAGCAAGACUCUAGUCGCAUGAGGCAGGAAGGGUACUAGCACAUGGAACCGACAGAGUAUCGAGACGUCUAGGUAACCUUUUAUUGAUCAUUAUCUCACUUGCGCCUUAACGUCAACUGUCUGUACCCCCGGUCUUUCGGUGCUCGAUUCACGCCGCUGAUAUUCGUUGGAGGUGGACAAUGCUGGUGAUCCCGCUUUGCACUCCCA